CUAAAUCACCAGAGGCCAAGAAAACAUCCUAUUGCUUCCUAAUUGUCUCUGUUAAGGGAAGAGUUCGAAUAUCGGUAAACACAAAGGGGUUACCUAGCUCUGUACCAUCAUCUGAUUCUAUAUAUCACUCAUCAUCCUAGAACCUUCUGCACGAGAGCUAUUGACGAGCAAACUCCGAAUCUCCAAACCUGAGACCGAUACACCGAGGCACAGUUGAUGUUGGACAUCCGUGAGCAGCAACAUGUACCCCAGCGCUGCGCCAGCGGGAUGCCCGCCCUACAACUCCAAAAACGGGCACGGUAAUGGACUCUACCCGCUACCUCAGGCCUUCCUUCAACAUCACCAGCAACUAGCUGAGGCUCCACGAAACAUCGCUAACACAAAUUUCCAUGGUCGGACCCUGCCUGCAGGUCCUUCAGAUAUUCCCCUAUAUGAUUGGAAGCCAAGUCCCAGCACCCCACCUGGUCCUCAUGCAUCUGCACUGGCCAACGGGAGGAAGAGGCACAGUGGAGACCACAGCCCGUAUAAUUUAAAGAGGCAGCACUUCAGUUCCCCUGUCCCCCAUUAUGGCAGUCCUCCUGCUGUCGGCACCUCUCCCUCUGUAUCCCGCCCUGGCCCCAGGGAAACACAGUCUACCCUAAUCCAGCACUCCCCUCUCAGCCCCCAACCGUCUGCCCCACGGAUGCCCCCCCUGUGGGGAGAGAACCCUCGUAGCUCACUGCAGGCUUAUGCCAAGGACAAGCUGAGUGGUCAGAUGGUGGAGCUUUUUGAGGCAUGCCAGCAGCAGUCGACUGACCUGGAGAGGAAGGAGCUGUGCAGAGCUCAACUACAGAGAGAGAUCCAGAGACUCUUCCCAUUGGUGAGGUUGUACCUGGCUGGUUCUUCUCUAAGUGGUUUCGGCAGCAGGAACAGUGAUGCUGACCUCUGUUUGGUCAUCCAAGCAGCACCAGUGGACCAGAGGAAUGAUGCUGUGUAUGUACUCAGUCUCAUUCAGCAGCUCUUCUACAGACUCUCGUACAUAGAGAGACCGCAGCUGAUCCGAGCCAAGGUCCCCAUCCUCAAAUUCAGAGACAAAGUCAGUGGAGUCGAGUUUGAUCUGAACGUAAACAACACUGUAGGGAUCAGAAACACCUUCUUGCUGAGGAGUUACGCCUACGCUGAGCGGCGUGUGCGUCCCAUCAUCUUGGUGGUAAAGAGGUGGGCCAGACAUCACAGGAUAAAUGACGCCAGUAAAGGAACACUCAGCAGCUACACUCUAGUACUGAUGGUACUACACUACUUACAGACGUUGCCUGAACCAGUCAUUCCCUCUCUGCAGAAUGAAUAUCCAGAGUGUUUUAGUCCAUCCAUGGAUAUCCACCGUGUGCCUGAGGGUCCUAGAGACAUCCCCCCCUACUCCUCCUCUAACCAGGCCUCACUGGGAGAGCUGCUGCUGGGCUUCCUCAAGUACUACACCUCCGUCUUUAGGUGGGAUAAACAGGUGAUCUCGGUGCGAGAGGCUAAGGCUCUGCCCAAGUCAAAUAGUCUAGAGUGGAGAGACAAGUUCAUCUGUGUGGAAGAGCCAUUUGAUGGCACCAACACAGCCAGGGCAGUCCAUGAGAAGGUCAAGUUUGAUGCCAUCAAAGCACAGUUCGCUGAGUCGUGGCAGAUGCUCCAGCUGAGAAGGGAUCUCAACUUCAUCCUCCCAAUCAGAAACACCAUUCAGAGAUGAAGAGGAGGAACUGUGAGUGACUCAGCUGUACAGAGGAAAUCUGCCUGGUCUGUCCUGGGCUUUUCUGCUGGGUUGUACAGUCUCCGUCUCCCUCCUCAGCAUGCCAAAGCCCUAACAUUCAGACUCUUCACGUUCUCCUGACUCACCUGCCAAUGUUACGGACACAGAGGAGAAAUAAAAGAAAGUAUAACCUCUGAUAUUUGAAGAGGAUACAUGA